AUGUUCUCUGGAUCAGCACAGUAUCUGGAGAUCUUCUGUCCAUCUCCCACGACCGUUUCAUUCACCGUCGAUACCCGCCAGCGCGCAAACUCGAGACAGAGGUUGCUCACAGCUUUACGCUAUGGCUGUCGCGCUUUGCUGGUCAUCUAUGCGUUGCUGGUCAACGUAGCAAAGGCACAGACUCUGACCUCUCCAGGAUCCGUGCCUCACCAAUAUGCAGGCUGGGUCAUAAAUAUGACUCUGAUUGGUCGGAUCAUCAGACCUCUGGCUGAGAACCUGGAGUGGUGGAUAUUAGCACCCAUCAGCCUCAUCAUAUUCUAUGCAUGCCUGAAAAGAGACCACAUCAAGGAGUCUCUACUGGUCCUGCAAGGCCUAGGAAUACAGACGUCAACCAGCUCCCCUUACUUCUUCCUGCCACCCACAACGACCUUCAUCCCGACCAGUGAAGUCCAGGACAUCGUCAUCCAUGAAGCUUUCAUAGGAUUAGAGGUCAGGUUCUACUUGGCUGUCAUUGUCGAGAAUGCUGGUGAAGUUGUUGUUGUCUUCCCGACCCUCCUCCCAAGGCGACAAAUGCUCGAAGAAGUCUGGAGAGGUGCACGCAAGUGUUUGUACUCGGGAAUACGGUGA